AUGGCUCCCCGCGAGGAGCUGAUUUCUUCAGCUAUCACCUUCCUCCAAGAUCCCUCGGUUGCAUCAUCGCCAAUUGAGAAAAGAGUUGCUUUUCUUCAGUCCAAAAACUUGACCCAAGAAGAGGUAGAUGUUGCCUUAUCUCGAGUGGGCGAAGACCCGUCUGCCGCGGCUGCAGCCACAGCUGCAUCAUCCCCUGCGCCUAGCUAUUCUUCACAGCCAGUUCCUUACCGGCAACCCCAACCGCCUCAGGGAUAUGGAUAUCCCCCAUAUAAUCAAUGGCAGCCGCCUCCCGAAGAGAUUGGCGCGACUGGUUUAUUAUGGCAACAGUUAUGGGAGGAGUUGGUUAUGGAUUGUAUUUCGUCACAAAGGUAUAUGGUGGUCACUGCCGAGUGCAAGUCUCAUGGUGCUGACCAAUCGCUACAGCGUUAUAUCUCACCUUUGAUCGCCCCUCCAACCCCACCCCAGCUGGAGCAGGAUAAAGAAAACAUUGAUGAACAGUUCUCACGUGCUUUUACUCUUAUCGAGCAACUCUCGACCGACACCGCUGCCUUAAAAUCUGCCGAAGAAGCCCGUACCGAGCGCUUAGACGUGGCCCUUAAGGAUGUGGAAAGCCUAGUUGCUGACCUUAAGAACUCAUCUCGCCGGAGAGAUGAUGAGACUCGUCGUAUCAGUGAUGAGGUUAAGUCAUUGAAAGAUGCGAUCCCUAAGGCCCUCGAAGGUGCUCGGGAAGGCAACGAGAACCGCCUGAAGGACCUCGGAACAGAGCUUAAGAGUUUGAAGACUUUGCUAGGUAACCGACUUGGUGGUAGCGGAGCUAGCCCUGUGGCCGGCCGAAUCGCUGGAUCCACUCCCAUUGCCAGCACUCCUCGUCCGGCACCGGAAGCGACCACCGCCAGCCCUUCUCCCCCCGCUCCCGCUCCUACAAAUGGUCUCGCUGCCACUGUGACCCCAGCGGAACAGGAGCCAACAACCCAGGCGGCCCCUUCGGCUACCACUCGUCAAGGGGACAGCAACCCUCUCUCGCAGCUCGGCCGCUCUGCCUCCAUUCCCGCAUGGCAGAUGGCCGCAGCCAACCGGUCCAAGGCCAACUCGCAGUCGAGUGCGCCUGCAACACCCGCAGCCAGUGCUGAUUCAACGGUCAGCCCAAGCCAGGAGCAAAGUGCUCCUCCAAAUUAG